ACGUUUUAAAAUCUGUCUGCCUCCUUUUACUGUGAGAGCUGAAGUGAUUACAAAUCAUGUUUGAUUUGUCCCUUUACAUUUGUGGUUAGCGCUGUCACCUCACAGCAAGAGCCUUCCAGGUUUGAAACCACAGGCCAGCUAGGGCCUUUCUGUGUGGAGUUUGUAUGUUCUCCUUGUGUCAGCUUGGGUUUGCUCCAGCUUCCUCCCACAGUGCACAGACAAAGACUUGCAGCCCUAUGUGUUCCACCCUGAUCCUUAACACCAAAGCACAUGAAGUAGUUGAAAUGAGCUCAUCCCUUACAAACUGUAAUGUAAUACAUAUAUGCCUAUGAUUAUAACCUGGCAGCCUAAUAUGAUAUGAUUCUAAGAUGGGCCAUUCUGCAUAGAAAACUUUGGUACUAAACACUUUGAUGCUGAUACUUUGUACUUUUACUGCAGUAAAAGUUUGAAUGCAGACUGUAAGAAAUGUAGGCUAAUCCUACACUGUGGUAUUUUUCCUCCCUAAAAUACAUGUUCUCAGUACUUCUUUCAUCAAUAUAUUUGGCAGAUUUGCACUUUUUUUUAGACUACCCUACAGUUUUUCAUCUCCUGUCCAGUGAAAACUAUGCAUAGUGACUUUGAAAGUUUCAGAUAAACUUAAUGAAAUGUUCCUUUAAAGCUUGAAAACAUGCAUCGCUUUAAAGCAGAAAGUAGCAGUUGUAAAAUAUAUUUCCAUGAUCAUUUAUUGGCCAUACAGUCCCCCUAAUGACAGCUGGACACGCCCUCCACCCCGCAGGUUCAGUCUCAAAGGUCAAUGUCAAUUGAGCUGACUCUGUUGAGUUCCAGGCUUACUUAUCAAAGCAAGAUGAAGACGUUAUUUGUGUUGCUCCUCUUCUGUCACAUUGCAUCUGCAGGUAAGACCCCUUUUGAACACUCCCUAAAGUUUUUCUUCACUGGAUCUUAUGGCAUCCCAAACUUCCCAGAGUUUGUGGGUGUUGUGAUGGUUAAUCACACUGAGGUGAUUUACUGUGACAGCAACAUCAAGAGAGCAGAACCCAAACAGGACUGGAUGAAGAAAAUAAUAGACGAUGAUCCAAAACACUUGGACUUUUACACUGAUGAGUGUCGUGUUGGUCAAUGGUUCUUCAGUUCAACCAUUGAAAGUCUGAUGCAGCGUUUAAAACAAACUGGAGGUGUUCACACUUUGCAGAACAUGUUUGGCUGUGAGUGGAAUGAUGACACUGAAGAGGUUAAAGGCUUCAAUCAGUUUGGUUAUGAUGGAGAAGACUUCAUGUCUUUGGACCUGAGGAGAGAAACAUGGAUACCUGAAACACAAUUUUCCCCUUUUGAGUUGGACUUUAAUGAAGACUUGAUGGAAAUAUACCAACAGACUCUUAACACCAAACAAGAGUGGGACAGUGACAAAGCUAAAAUAAAAAACAUCAUGCAUCUCCUCACUCAGCGUUGUCCUCAGUGGCUGAGGAAGUAUUUAAGCUUUGGGAAGAGCUCUCUGCUGAGAAAAGAGCUACCCUCAGUGUCUCUCCUCCAGAAGUCUCCCUCCUCUCCACUCAGCUGCCAUGCUACAGGUUUCUACCCAAACAGCGCCAUGAUGUUCUGGAGGAAAGAUGGAAAUGAGUAUACGAAGCUCGGAGAGAUCCUCCCCAACCAUGAUGGAUCCUUCCAGAUGAGAGUUGACUUGUAUUUUCCAUCAGUCACACCUGUAGAUUGGAACAGGUUCGACUGUGUGUUUCAUCUCUCUGGUGUGAAGGAUGACAUCGUCACCAGACUGAGCAAAGCAGUGAUCAGGACCAAUGGAGGUAAGACUGUAAAACUGGUAUCAUUAAUCAAAAAGCCUAACGAGAGUUUACUAAUAUUAAUAAUAUGCCUAUUGUCUUCUCCAGUUGAACACUCCCUCAAGUUUUUUUCCACUGAAUCUCAUGGAGUCCCAAACUUCCCAGAGUUCGUGGGUGUCGUGAUGGUUGAUGACACUGAGGUGAUUUACUGCGACAGUAACCUUGAGAAAGCAGAACCCAAACAGGACUGGAUAAAAAAAAUAAUAGACAAUGAUCCAAAACACCUGGACUGGUACACUGAUGAGUGUCGUGCUGGUCGACGCUUCCUCAGUUCAACCAUUGAGAGUCUGAUGCAGCGCUUCCAACAAACUGGAGGUAUCCACACUUUGCAGAACAUGUUUGGCUGUGAGUGGAAUGAUGACACUGAAGAGGUUAAAGGCUUCAAUCAGUUUGGUUAUGACGGAGAAGACUUCAUGUCUUUGGACCUGAGGAGAGAAACAUGGAUACCUGAACAACAAGUUGCUAACAUCAAAAAGGAGUGGGACAAUGACAAAGCUAGAAUGACAAACAUCAAGUAUCACCUCACCCAGCGUUGUCCUCAGUGGCUGAAGAAGUAUUUGGAUUAUGGCAAGAGCCCUCGGCUGAGAACAGACCGUCCCUCAGUGUCUCUCCUCCAGAAGUCUCCCUCCUCUCCAGUCAGCUGCCACGCUACAGGUUUCUACCCAAACAGAGCCAUGAUGUUCUGGAGGAAAGACGGAGAGGAGAUUCAUGAGAACGUGGACCAUGGAGAGAUCCUCCCCAACCACGAUGGAUCCUUCCAGAUGAGCAGUGACCUGAACAUUUCAUCAGUCCCACCUGAAGACUGGGGAAAGUAUGAGUGUGUGUUUCAGCUCUCUGGUGUGAAGGAGGACAUCGUCACCAAAUUGGACAAAGCAGUGAUCAGGACCAACUGGGGGUUCCCCACUGGUCUUGUUAUUGGAGUUGUGGUAGGACUGCUGCUGCUGCUGUCACUCUUCAUCAUUGGACUUUUCAUCUGGAGAAGGAACAGUAAUGGGUUUCAGCCUGCUAACAGGGACAGUGAAGAUUAGAAGAGGAUGCUGAAC